CUCUCACACACACUCACGUCGUGUGUGUGUGAGAGAGAGACGCAAGUUACUCACAGUACACACUUUCCCUGCAAAAAUAAUUUAGAUGCGCACAUAUAUACAUACAUUAUACAUACCGUAUAUAUAUAUGUAAUAUAUAUACAUACAACUAAUUAAUUACAAGCCAUGCAUGCAGCAGCAUAUAAAGAUAUAUAUAUGAUCAAACCACCAUACAUGAAAUCCAAAAGCUUCAUCGCCUUCUUCAUCCUCUCCACAACACUCCUCUUCCUCUACAUCUCCCACAAAACACCGCUCCCAACCACCACCGCCGCCGCCGCCAUCCCGGAUCUGAAGAUCCGACCCGGAUACACCACCUACGAGUCCUACAUCCACCACCAGCUCAACAAAACCCUCAACCCGAAGCUCCGAGAAAUAUGGAAAACCCGAGACUGGGACCGGAAAAUCCGGGUCUUCGCCGGGUUCUUCGGCGAUCUCAAGCAGAAGAACCUUCUCUCCAACUCCUCCAAAGCUCUGAGCGUCGGGGCGAGAAUGGGGCAGGAAGUGGAGGCUCUGAAACGGGUCGGAGUGUCCGACUCGAUCGGGUUGGAUCUGGUGCCAUCUUCGCCGUUGGUUGUGAGGGGGGACUUCCAUCACCAGCCGUUCGAUGACGGGAGUUUCGACUUCGAGUUCUCGAACGUGUUCGACCACGCGCUGUACCCGGAGAAGUUUGUUGGGGAGAUCGAACGGACGCUGAGGCCUGGUGGGGUGUGUGUGUUACACGUGGCGCUGAAGAGACGGUCGGAUAAGUACUCGGCUAAUGACUUGUUCAGCGUUGAGCCGCUUAAGAAGCUGUUUAAGAGAUCCGAGCUGGUUCACGUUCGGCCCGUUGAUGGGUUCGGGUUGGAUACUGAGGUUGUUUUUCGGAGAAAACCGGUCACACGUGCGCUAUGAACAAUAUUUGUUAAUUCUUCACCUUUACUUUAUUUAAUUUUUUUUACUGAUUUUUUUUUUUAAAUACUUGAUUUUAUUUGCCUUCAAUUCUUUUGUCCAAUGCCAAAUCUAUAUGAGAACUGCAGUCCAAGAUCAAAUUAAAUGUUCUU